AUAGGUAGGCUGACGUGGACCUCCUCUCUCACGUCACGUGACGUCACGUGGCGACGCUUCGCCCUCGCUUAACUCCGGUGAGAAGGGCGAGCCACCGCCACCACGGCAAGCAGGCAGGCAGGCAGGGUGACUUGGGGGUACGGGUCGACGUGAAAGCUGCUUGCAUUGCCGCCGUCGCUGCCGCUGGCUUUGCUCGCUCGCCUCCUCGUGCCUCUCGAGCUGCCGUUCCACUCCGGAGCCAGCAGGCGUCUCUCUCUGGUCCCCGCGCGACGCCACUCAACAGCGGGUCCGGCUAUCCCUCCGCGCGGAGUCAAGAAGACGCCGAGAGUGGGUGUCGUAGGCGGAAAGAGAAGCGGGGUGGCGGAACGCCGCUCCCUGCGUUGACCUGUCGCCGUCUUCCCAGCGACGUGUCUUGCCUGCUUCUCUGCAUCUCCUCCCAUCUCUGGGUUCGCAGCUCAGAAGGUUCCUCUUGGACGCCCGAAGAGUUUGCACCGCUCGUCUUUCGGAAGUGUGAAGAAAAGGAGCCUGACGACCCUUCGAAGACAACCAUUAGGCAACUUUGGGUUCCGCGGCUUGAUUAUGGUCUUCGUCUUUGCAAGGUGCCUGUGAUCAGUGACACCGAGGUACCGAACGCGAGCGCGAAGGUAACCGCGUCAGUUCACGUCUACCGAUACAUCGGGGUCCGGCUGCAGGACCUGUCUGGUGCCGUGCGCAAACCAGGAUUAAAGAAGGACUGCAUCAUUUAUCCACUCGUCUGACAGCUGAACCGCCAAGGCACCGCAAGCCGAAGGAAUUUGCCAUUCCCGUUAAAGUGCCUGGUCUUGGUCAUGAAACAAAGUGUUUGCGUGCGUGUGCUCCAUGCCGACUGCGUUUAAGGAGGAACCGGCUUCUUGAUUGGAUACGUGCUGUGAUUCCGUUGGUUACUGCUUUGCACGGCGUGUUGGUCUACUACUUUUGUUUUCUUUCUUUUUCGUCCGGAUACGCAAGCGUUCAUCAUUUGCUGACUUAUUUGCUUCGUGCGAUGGGCGUAGCACGUUGGAGUAUUCAGCGGUUGCCGGGAAUCUCUCGACAUGCCGGCGGAACUCAGCCUGCAAGGGGAUGACUUCACCCGGCAGAUGUGGCACAUGUACAACACCUUCGAGGACGUGGUCGUGGGAGGAACGCUGCCGUCGGCUGACCACCCGGCCGGUGACGCCCAGCAGCAGCACACCUUGCCGCCGAGUCAACAACCGGCCGCAGCCGACGACACUGCAGCGCCUGCUGCCGUCCCAGCCGGUAGCUUGCGUGGAGGCGACGCUGCCACUGCUACCGCGGCUGCGCAAGCGACGGCGGCUCCGCGUGCACCCAAGCCCGUUCGCAUUCCGUCGUCGCCCGACGUGCGGCGGGACUCGUCGUCGCCGACGGCGUCGCCCGGCGCUCGCCGGAAGAAGAGGCCAAUGUCUCAGCGCUGCUCGUACGCUGCCUGCGGUAGCAGCGGGAGCAGCAUUAGCAGCAGCAGCAGCGGCAGCCAGCAGCAGCCGCAGCAGCGAAGCUCGCUGUCUUCCUCCGGCAACCCGCUGCUGGACACGAUCGGCUCCAUGACGUACGACCCGUGCUGCGAGUCGGACGACUACUACGACCUGGCCAGCGUGUACCUGCAGCGGCGCCAGGCGCGCCAGCACAGUGACGGCGAGUCUAUCGCGUACGCGGGCUCCAUCGACAGCGGCUACAAGAGUCUCUGUCCGACACCCGAGAUCCCGGACUACGAAGCGGAGGCCAAGCCUCCCGGUAAAGCCGCCGUCGUCCCGCCACAGCCCGCAGCGGUAGUGGCGACGACGGCCAGGCUUGCAGCCCCCGCAACCGCGGGAGGACAGCAGGGUCACAAGCCGACGCAGGAGGAGCUGGAUGCCGACCUGGACCACUUGAUGCAGCUGCGCCAGUCCCUGCUGACGGCCAUCGCCCGUUGCGAGUCGCCGGUGAGCCCCAAGAGCAGCAGCGGCAGUCCGCGAGCGGGCUCGGCGGGCGACAAGACGGUGAGGUUCAGCACCGAGAAGCUGACCUCGGCGCCCUCGUGCUCGCCGGCCAAGGCGCCCGGAACGCGGGCCAAACCCAUCCUCAAAGACCCGCUGUGCGCCAACCUGCGGGCCAACCUCGAGAGGCCAGACAGCGGAGGCACCUUGGAAGAAGAGAUCGACAGCCUCCUGUGUGGAGGCAAGCCCGACUACUACGACUUGGACGCCCGGUUCCCGCCGUCCACGUACGUGACCAUGGUCGAGGAGAAGUACCGCUCCAACGCGGGAUACAGCGUCGCCAAGGUCAAGUGCUUGAAAGACAAAUGCCAAGAGUCCUCCAAAGACCACAAUCACGCAACGUUGACAGCCGAACCAAGUCGGCGCUCGCAAAGUCACACUAGGCAGUCGCACCAGCAGCCGCAGCACCACCAAGCGGGCCCCUUGCCUCCGGCGCUGAGCGCGUACAACCCUCCGAUUUCCACGGAACCAAUGGUUUCGCGCUCAGAGAAGAGUGCUGCCCACCCGGUUCCCACGCCACGGUGUUCGGCAGCUCACGCGGCCACCGCUGUCAUCAGCGCUAAGCCGGGCUCUCCCAAGCCCACUCUCAUGCGCUCUGCCAAGUCCCGCUUCAACGAGGUCGCCAAGUGCAUGCUCGAGAUAAUCGAGGACCUUCAGCACAAGAAGAUCACGGAACCGCGACCCGCCAAGACUUCUUCCAGCAAGCUACCCGUGGCGUCGACAACAGCUGCCUCGUCUUCAUCACAGCCUCUACGCGACACUCACAUCGGUGGCUCAAGAGCAGGACCCACCUCGGCUCACCAGCAACAACAGCAGCAAACACAGAGGCCCCUGUCGGAUUCGGAGUACCACGUUUACGAGGAGGUCCUGUACGACUUUGUCAACUCGGCUGGAAGCGUCGCGUCCGAGCUCCAGCGGCCACCCCCUCCUCUGCCGGCGAGGCCCAGUGAACCAGGCCACCGACCUAAACAGAGGAGUAACUUGUACUCUCUGGUGCGCAACCAGGAGGAAAGGCGCAAUAUAUCUAAGUCGCUCGAACAGGAAUGGUCCGGCGACAGAGCGGCACGGUUGGAGGACGAGUACGGGUUUCGCUCCGUGACCAACUCGUAAGACUGUGCGUGCAGGUCAAAGUGGGUCAGGACUCUGGCUUCUCUCGGCGACCAUCUUGAUUCGACUGUGCGUAUACGUCAAAUGGGUCAGCACUGGCUGGCUUCUCUCGGUGAAAAUUUGAUUAGACUGUGCACGUGUCAACGUUGUGACAUUCUGACAUCAUUCACAACGUGCCCCAGCAAAAUCGAGAAACUCUUGCAGCAAUCGUCGUGGUGUGGACUCAUGCGAGUACAUGCACGCGCUUGUGGAUACAAAGUGACACUGGACGUGCAAACUCAUGAGCAACGUGUGACGACAUAGUGAUUGCCCCGGGCUCCGCGAGUCCCACACGAGUGCGCUUUGUAAGCGCAGCCUCUUAGACUCUUGGGUCAAACAAAAUAUUUAAACCUUUUCUCAGGGGAUACAAAAGCCCAUGUGUUCAAAUGUACUACGCUUUGUGCAUCAUGACGGAGGCGUAUGGGCAAUUGGUGAGACAAAAAUGAGACGCAAUCGUUUAUGUGUGUAUGCAACCUCGUCUGUUGCUAUUGUCUCAGGACCGCAAUGCACACGAACAUGCACGUGAGCAUUUGGGCCCACGUUAAGUAUAUGGCUUGUUCAGAUAGUUGCGGCCAAAACUUAAGUGACAUGCAACGUAUCCUGUUGAAAUGUUGAGUGUUCUCUGACCUUAUUUAAUUUUUUGUCAACUUCUAAGACCGUGAACGUGAAAUCGAUUAAAAAGAACACAUCCUCAGUCGACGUACAGUGAUGAUUGUUAUGGCGCUUUAUAUGCCUAAUAGGCGGCGAGUACUCGAGGAGUUUUGCACAUAUCAAUCAUCGGCACUGCAAGGGAAUUAACAAAAUUAGUGACUUGCCAAGACUCUCGCAAGAGUUUUUCUUUCUGCUACGUCCACACAUACCUAAGAGUUUGAGAAAAUAUCAGCAGUGUAUUACAACGUUUGUAGAAAAUACGCGUUGGCAAUUGCUACAUAUCUGGACAGUUUUGUACAUUUGUGCCCAACCAGUCUACCAGAAAAUGCUAAGAAAACUCAAAUGUAACUGCUUUCAAGGCAACUGAGAACUGGCACAACAAUGACACACAUGACAGCAGAGACAGUGGUUACUCUUUCCGCCGCGUUUGCUGCUAAUACAAAACACUUCCAUAUUCAAAGCUGAUAUGUCUAAAGAUUAUUGAAAAGUGAACCGUUGCACGUGACUGACUGAUCGUGUCAGUUUCACCUGCUGUAUUUUAGCACUGACAAUGUGGCUUUAGCUAUAGCCUUAACAUAUGUUAUGGUGGACAAUUUUCCGCAGGAACAGUGUGAAUACGAGCAAUACCUCAGCUGUCGACUAAAGCUUGCGAUAAGCUUGGCAGAACAACCCAGAGUAAGAUCUAAGCUACAAAUAUACACGAAGCAAUGCUUUUUAAUCAAUUCUGCUGAUCGGCUGGAAACACAUCUAUUGUUAAGCACGUUGGCGUGUUCUAGGCAAUGUUAUAAUUAUUAAAAAAAAUAUAGUGCUGGUCACUCUCGUUAAGCGGCCUCGAAUAGAGCGUUGGCUCGCGAUUGCUACAAUAAUUCGAGGCCUUUGCUUCUGCAUUAAGACAUGACCUCCUUAUUGCCCAUGAUCUCACCUUUGGAACAUCUAUUUAAACAAACGGGGUAGGAAUUCAUGGUGACCUGGCAUCUACGCUAGCUUGGCAUGCCUUCGACUUGAAUGAAGGUAAGGACAAAAUGCCUGGUCGCUAACUUGAGACCAUCUUAACGUGGCAUGAUUUGAAAAAGUUGUUGGGCCGAACUCAUGCGAGCGAGUAUGUCUCACUAGCGUGAACACAUGGAACGAUGGUGUCUCUAACGUUUAAAACGGUGCUGCCGUAAUAAGAAACCUCUGACAUCUUUCAUGUCUUACGGCAAAUGUGAUCUACUGCACACACAAAAGCGUAGAGCAGCAUCAGGAGUGCGCGCUCAUAGCUCAGUGAUUCAGUGAUCUGGCGUUAUCUCCUGAUAGCUCAGUUAUGUGUCACUGCCAUAUUGCUCUUUUGGAUGACGUUUGAAGCUUUUGCAAUGGAACUAGAGCUUGCGUAAGUGUAUCCAGUGAACUUGUCGUUAUUUAAAGUAGCUGGUGUAGUGAAUUUCGGUGUCGGACAAUACAGUCUUAAGUACAGUGUGAAAGAUCCCAUCUAGCCAUCUCACAGAGAAUCAUACCGCAAGCUUAAUAUAGCAGAGGUAUAAGAAAGGCUUGUGGCUUAAUAAAUUUUGCAAAGUGUGAUGACCCAUACAUAUCCAUGAGCGUAACUUCUCACUGUUAUUUUAAUUCCGACCGAAUAACGCCCGUUACUUAAUACGGUGGUUCCGAGUCCUAGGAUGAGACACCAAGCACAAGCCUUUCAUGUUUUUGCGGUUUAUUUUCAGAAAGAGGAGAUACGUUUAUCUUCAAGACAGUUUUACGAGUCAUUGGCCGAUGUGUACUGAACCAUUGAGGUCGUAAUGAAAAUAUUUAAACUAAAUAGACUUUGUAACUUUGCAAUUAUAGCAUAUGUAUACUCAUAGAACGCAUCACACAGUUGGUACUGUUUCCAGCGUAUAGUGAGAUUUGACGUGAACAAAGCAGUAAAUUAUUUUUAUCGUUGUUAAUGUCGAGUCUUCGUGUUUCCCGCACUGAUAUUAAACGAACUGUAGCAAUAUAUGUUCUCAACGCUGUUACGAUUGUGUGCCUCAUGCGAGAUAUUUUCUAUGCUUUAUAAGUUAAGCGCACGUUACUGUUGUCAAGCAUGAUAACUAGCAAAGUUGCAUGUUGAUGGCUUACACACUGGGUAUUUCCUUUUUCGAUUUGAAGGGGUGCUGAAGGCAAGCGCUAUGUAAGGCCACCAUAGUAGUUUGCUGUUCUCAAUUUAUCUCUCUCACCGCUAGAUUUGUGCAAAAAAGGAAUUUGCCCGUAAAAUCACAUUUAAAUGCCGAACUACCCUUUUUCGAACCGCGGUGCUAAUUACGCCAACAUGUGACAGCGUAGCCUGACAUUUAUUUGAACGUUUUGGCUGUCUUUCUCGUUGGAUAAAACUUACGAAUGUUGUUUGCUUAAAUUUUGCUCUGUUAUUCUUUUUGCUACAUUCGUGAACCAAUGGCUUCGGCGGAGCGUUGCUUUAGCCUGUGACGACACAGAUAUCUCUCUUUGGAAUCCGGAUGUAUAGGCUCCACCCUUGAACAUUUCCUACGUAUCCUGACACAUCAAACUAUUCGGUCACUGAAAAGUGUUGCUAUAUAGUGGCUCUUUCGAACGCGUCACUAUAUCUCGCUAGCCUCAUUUCAGCAUAGAGACUGAAAGACAUAUAGACAAUAAUGCGGGACUAAUGGGAAAAUGCAAUGUAUAAACCCGACAGCGCGCAUCAAAUAUUAUCCCUACGUUGAGUGUUCCCGAAUACAAGCGUGUGCGUUUAACAGGGUACUCUCACAGGCCUCCAUAUGAACGCACUUUCACUGUUUGCAGCUAUGAGGUCCAGACAACUCCCGCGACCGUAUCUCUUUACGCCAGAAAGGUUGCUGAAGCUAUCUGGCGUCGCUCGAUGACAAACUGCAAUUUUCUGAGCUUCUCUAAGACAUUUCAAAGCAUUCAACACAGUUUCCAUAUCACAUGGGCGCCUGCCCUGCAUGUAAAAUUGGCGCAACAUGUUACUCUUUGACAUAUCAUGCAUGGAAUCAGAAAUACAGCACGCAUAUCACCUAAACACAGUUGGUCAGCAAACUUAGCAGCUGAAUCCUAAUGGUUAUAACUUGUGAUCACUGUUUAACUUACACAUGACAUACACACGCAUGUGUUUGUUUUGCAUUGUACGAUAUUCAGUGUCCCCUGCCCAUUGCGGAAUUAUUCACUUGACGAUAUUGCCAAUAGGCCGUUGGAGGUCAUGUAGCCCCUCGAAGAAAAAAAAAAAAACGCUACUUCACACAUGCAGUUGAAUAUUGCACACUACUUUUGAACUGCCGUGACUCAUUUCGUUUUAUUACGUUGUCAUCUUCUGAAAAAGGCGCCAGAGCCUCAAGCUGAACUAAAUUCGUGCCAUUCUAAAUCACCACACUAUACGCUGUGAUGACGAACUAUUUGAGGCAAUAUAUGGUCUACCAUCACGGAGAAAGUGUUGUUUGAUUUUGAUUUGGAAUUAUAUUUCGAGCCUUUACGCCGAAACAUGAAGCAGUGUCACUGUCUAUAAUGUUAUGAAUUUUGUGUCACUGAUUCUGGGGGUCGAUGUGAAAAAAAGACUUAUUGUUUGUCCCCAAAGCAGACAUAUCUUGAAGAGUAUUGUUGUACUAACGAUCGCUUGCGUGCAGCUGUCACAUUUUUUUCAGACUCACUAUAUACUCAUGUUCAGUUUUACGCCUAGACGAAGACGUCUGGAUGAAAAAAAAAAAACGUGUAUAUAUGAAUAUUUCGAUGAAAAGUACUGCCUCACUGGUAUAUACACGCAUAUUGACAGUUUAUGUGAGGAAGAGAGUAGAAUGUGUAUAUUUCAGCAAGUGAAAUAAAUGUCUGUUUUCUUUUU